CCGAGCAGCCGCGUGGUCUGCAGGCGGCCGGGCCCAGGCCGGGGGUCGGCUCUCCGCAGCCAGGCGGUGCUGACAGCCGUGUCCCUGCGGUCCAUCCCAGCCGUUCUGGAAGAUGCUGGUGCCGGCAUCCUGCUGGAGGCCCUGGGCGCCCUGGGCUGUGAGUACCACCUCGAACCGCAGCGCCCGGCCCGGAGCCUCAGGUGGACCAGAGCGAAGCCGGACCCUUGUCCCUGCACCGUGCCUUCGGAGGUGUGGGGUGCAGAUGAACAGGACCUCCUUCUGCUUCUGGAGCCCGAGGAGUUUCUUCGGGGCAUCGUGCAGCUGACCCAGACUUGUGGCCCAUCUUGCUCAGUGCCCUGGAUCUGUCCUGAGAGCUCCACCAGCGUCCAUCUGGCUGUCAUCGGGCUGGAUGCCUACCUGUGGUCUCCCCAGCCCAGCAGCCAGGAGAGGCGGCAGCAAGAGAGUCCAGCGAUGGCCCGUGCCCCAGUGGCACUCAGCUGGCCCCAGGUGGAGGAGGCCUUGGUACUCCUGCAACUCUGGGCACAUGUGGAUGUGCUGCUGGUGGACUCUUGGCAGGAGCUGAGUCAGCAUGUGUGCGCCUUCACCAAGGCCCUCGCUCAGCGCCCCUUCAAGUGGUACCGGGAAUCCCGUGCCUUUUCCUUCUAUGUGGAUGGGCGCUGGGCAGCUGGCGAGCACAUGGCAAAAGAUGGCACAGGGCUGCGGGGGGUCUGGUGGCGGCAGAUCAGGCAGUUCCACCGGGUCAGCCCAGCCGUGGCCGAUGCCAUUGUCACCGCCUUCCCCUCCCCCCGCCUUCUGCAGCAGGCAUACACGAACUGCAGCACAGAGCAGGAGCGCCUGGCCCUCCUGGCAGACCUCCCCGUGAAGACGGGCGACGGUGUGCGGCCCCGCAGGGUGGGGCCUGACCUCUCCCGCCGUGUCUGCCUCUUCCUGACUGCCACCAACCCUGAGCUCCUGCUGGACCUGGGCUCCUGACCAUGCCUGGGGGACAGGAAGGGACCCUGUCUCACAGGCUAGCAGGACAGAACGUGGUCCACCCCACGCAGGGGCUAACUUACCAGGGAGGGGGAACAGGGCACUGCUCCUGGGGCGGGUGGGAGGACGCAGGGUGGCUGGAAUAUUCCCGGGUAACUGGGAUGGGCAGGAGAGGAGGGGGUGAGCUUCCCCUGCCCUGGGUCCUAUACAUACUGGCCAUGGAGCCAGGGCCCAGUUGUGGGGGGGGCGGUCAGGAAGGGAGCAACAAACACCAGUCACGGGGAGACUUGGGGGGUGACACUUUCUAAGAAGCGGUAAAACAAAGUCUCGAGGGAGGAAAAAGAGCCGGGCUGUCUCUCCUGGAGGGCGUUGUGAUGCCACGGGGCCUCGGCCCCGACUCCUUUCAUCCUGCCACCACAGAGGCCUUACGUAAAGUCUAAGUUUAUUACGGUCAUUUCAGUCUGGGACAGGAGGAACAGUUGCUGACGACAUGCAAAAGCAAGUGAAGGGAAACUCAAGGCCGGCGGCAACUUCGUGGGCCGUGGCUAGCGGCAUCCUCGCAGGCAGCGACCUCAGCUCCUGGGCGGCCUCCA